AUGCCGCGCAUCGCCGCCACUGUCAUUGCAUUAUGGACCAGUCUUACGCUUGCAUUGGCCUUCUAUUCCAACCGUGAUGCUGUCGUGGAGCUGACGCCAGAGAACUUUGACCGAGUCGUCUUGGAUACCAAGCAAUUAGUUGCCGUCGAAUUCUAUGCACCAUGGUGUGGUCAUUGUCAACGGCUCGCUCCUGACUGGAAGAAGGCUGCCAAAAACCUCCAAGGUCUCGUGACAUUGGGUGCUGUCAAUUGCGACGAGGAUACGAAUCGUGGAUUAUGUGCACAGUAUGAGAUCAAGGGAUUCCCCACCAUCAAAGUAUUCCAACCUGAAAAGAAACGAGAUAAGCGCACUGGACAAUUAGCAAAGCGUGCUCAAGAUUAUCCCGGUGCUCGUGAUGCUCGAUCCAUUAUCGAUUAUAUGCUUGCAUGGCAACCAUCCCAAGUCCGAUUCAUCAAGGCUGAUUCGAGUAAAGCCAAAUCCAAAAAGAGCAUGACCAUGGAUGACUUUUUCGCCACAGAGAAUGCUACCUUGCCAAAAGCUGUAUUGUUUACUGAUAGAUCCACCACCUCGGCUUUGUACAAGUACUUAUCAGUCGAGUAUGGUGGUCGUAUGUUAUUAGGAGAGGUCAAGAAAUCAGAGAAGGCGCUCAUCAAGCAAUUUGGUAUCAACAAGUUCCCUACUCUUUUUAUUUCUUCUCCUACGGAUGGACAUGUUGCAUAUGAAGGCAAGAUUGAAAGAGCAGGCCUUAUUGAGCUCAUGGAUCGAUCGGCGCUUCCUGCCAAGGAGAAAUCAUCCACUCCUCAGAAAUCGGAGCAGCCAAAGGACAGCGCAAAGGUGAACAAGAUCACUUCUGAUGCCGAGUUGGAUGAGUUUUGCUUAAAGACGGGCAGGAUCUGUGUUAUGGCUAUUACCAAUGAUGAGGAAGAGGAAAGCACAAAGAGCAUUCUCAAUGAUAUCAACAAGACAGGCUCUUCAUUGUAUCGGGUGGCCUGGAUACCUGACAACAAAGCAUCAGCCAUGAUUCGCCAUUUGGAUCUCUCAGCCGAUUUGCCAGUAUUGUUCCUUGUCCAUCCUUCCAAACAACUCUAUAGACCCUACGUUGGUGCAUGGGAUGCAAAGGCUAUUAGUAGUUGGUUAGAAAAGGUCGUUCGUGGAACCAUCUCUCCAUGGCCUUAUCAAGGAAACCUCAGCUUAGAAUCAGCAGAUCGCAUUCGUGAUGAACUUUAA